UCAAACAGCAGAGGUUAAAGAUUGAUCCGCUGUAGCUUGAGAAUAUAAAAGAGGCGGAUAUUCGCCUCUUGCUCUACCUUUACUGUCUGCCACCAUGUCUUUCGCUGGAAAAUACCAGCUGGAUUCUCAGGAGAACUUUGAGCCUUUUAUGAAGGCUAUUGGCUUGUCUGAUGAGCUCAUCCAGAAAGGCAAAGAUGUUAAGAGCAUCUCCGAGAUCGAGGAGAACGGUGACACCUUCAAAGUGACGGUUACAACCGGCUCAAAUGUCAUCGUCAGCAACUUCACCAUCGGACAGGAGGCUGAACUACUGUCACCCACUGGAGAAAAAGUGAAGGGGGUAGUUCAGCGUGAAGGCAACAAGCUGAAGGUCACCCUGAAGUCCAUCCAGUCAGUCACAGAACUGUUGGAUGCGAACACGCUAGUUACUACAAUGACUGUUGGGAACAUUGUAUACAAGAGGACAAGCAAACGCAUGUAACUUUCUAUACUUGAUAAUAAAACGAGGGAGGAAAAAA